AUAUCAUAGAUAUCAUUAUUAAUUCCAACAAUGAUUCUUCUAGCUAAAUUUAGAAAUCUUUAUUCAAAAAGUAGAGCGAACGAUACAAUUUCAGAAGGAGAUAAACCGGAAAAGGCGACUGGAGAUCUCGAAGCAGGCAGAAAUCGAUUAGUCUCGAUGGAGGUCGGCAUGGGUAACGAUGAAGUGGUCUCGAGUGGAUCGGGAAACUCUGCUCACGGGCGAUCAAUUUCUCCAUCCCCUUCUUCGGCGAGCCAUGGAGAUCCACUUCUUCCGGUUGCUGAAAAUUGGUGUCACACCCAGGUAAAAGUGGUAAAAUUCAACUACAUGUGGACAAUCAAUAACUUCUCGUUUUGCCGCGAAGAAAUGGGCGAAGUUCUGAAAUCUUCCACGUUUUCCGCCGGAUGCAAUGACAAACUCAAAUGGUGUUUGAGGAUCAAUCCAAAAGGACUUGAUGAAGAAUCAAGAGAUUAUCUAUCACUUUAUUUGCUUCUUGUUCAGUGCAAUAAGUCGGAAGUUCGCGCCAAAUUCAAAUUCUCAAUUUUAAAUGCGAAACGAGAGGAGACGAAAGCUAUGGAAUCACAGCGGGCUUAUCGAUUUGUACAGGGAAAGGAUUGGGGAUUCAAAAAAUUCAUUCGACGAGAUUUUUUGUUGGAUGAGGCGAAUGGGCUUCUUCCUGGAGAUAGAUUAAGCAUAUUUUGUGAGGUGUCUGUGGUAGCCGAAACAGUAAACGUGACAGGACAAACAAAUGUUUCUCAACUUUUCAAAGUUCCACCAUGCCGACUAGCAGAUGAUAUGUACGGAUUAUUCGACAACAAACAGUUCUCCGAUUUCACAUUGGUCUGCAAAUCCGAUCUAGGAAGUCCAACACAGACUUUUCACAUUCACAAGGCAAUUCUUGCUGCCCGGUCGCGAGUUUUCUCGGCAAUGUUCGAGCAUCAUAUGCAGGAAUCUGACACGAAUAUGACAACGGUUGAUGAUAUUGAGCCAGAAGUUAUGCGUGAGCUUCUUGUCUACAUGUAUACAGGACAGACAAAAUACAUUGAACAAAUGGCUCAAAGUUUGAUUGCAGCUGCUGAUAAAUAUCAAUUAGAUCGACUGAAAGUAAUGUGCGAACAAGCCCUCUGUUAUCAACUGACAACGGAUAAUGCUAGUUUGACACUGAUGCUUGCUGAUAUGUACUCGGCAUCUCAGCUCAGAGCUCACUCUAUCAACUUUAUCAAUGUUAAUGCAAAUGAGGUAAUGGACACAGAAGGCUGGGAAGACCUCGUUCGAGACCAUCCCAAACUAUUGGAAGAAGUCUUUAGAGCACUAGCAACUCAGCAAACUCCUCCCGUAGUGCUUGUACAGCCACCCAAGAAACGGCCGAAACACAAUUGUCCAUAUUGAUUUGUCAUCGAAAUGUCUUGAAUCUCUAUCCCCCCCCCAUACUUGAAUUGUAGUCAUCUAUGAUUGAUGCCCUCACAAGGCAUCAUGUCACAAUACGACGGGUUUCUUCCUGUAUGUUUCUGUAUUUUUUUUUCUUUUUAUUUCUUGAAUUCGCUAAAUUUUCUAUUUCUGUGUCCUUUUUAUUUGAAUGCCCCUCGAACUUCAUAGUCUACUGGUUUCCCAUUUUUCGCACCCAUCUGGAAGUGGCUUUUAUUAUGUGCUUAAAAAGAAAAUUUAAAAAACAAAUAAUAAUCGUCGUCAUUUGUUGCAUUGUUUUGUUUUUUUUUCAGAUUAAAUUUAAAU